AUGAAGACCCGGUUAUUCCUCUGGAGUCAAACAUUUACCUUUUUCGUGAUACUUUAUUGCUUUGCACCGAUCUCGGCUCAGAUUCCAGUACAACAAUUGCAACCAGCACAGUGUAUUCGAGAAAUCCGAGAGGAUGUCUGUCCACAACGAGAGGGAUUUGAUGGAGAUUGUGAAGAGAAAUGUCUCAGAGAUCAUCCAUUAAGAAUUGCUUCUGGAUGUUAUCUAAGGAAUACAGGCACACUAUUGUCCUUUUUUGGGAUCCGUUCUUUCAUCUGUCGAUGCGAACUCCCAGCCUCAUUCUGUGAUCCGUCACUUGCUGGCGUUGAUCCGAUGAGAAGAGCUUUCUCACUCCGCGCAAUUCAAGAGCAUUCAUUGAUCAGAGGAUUACCAGAGAGAACAAUCUGUCAUCCUGAUACUUCGUUGAUCUGUGCGAACAGCUUUUCACCAAAUGAUUGUGGAUGGGGAAGACCAACAGGUCAAUGGUACCUCGCUACACCGAAAUCUGCUCAGCUUCCGUUUGCACCCGGAGAAGCACCAAAUGGUCCAUAUCUGAUUGGAAGCCAAGGCACUGGCGGUGAUGGUCGACUUGUGUUGGAGACAUGUGGAGGACUUUGCUCAAAAGGAGAAGUCAAAAUGGGACUUCGUGUCUGGAGACCUCCAUGGGUUACAGCUGAAUUAUGCUUCCGGGACAACGAUUCCCUCCUAUGUGCUCCAAUUCUGAUCAUUAAUGGAAAGCCGGUGAACGAGGUUUUACCCCAAACGGAUCGGUUUAUGGUAAUGAUCCGUUUCUCGAACAUGAGCAAUAGUGAUGUGAUCUUUGUUGAUGAUGUACGAUUGGAGUUUUCCGCUUGUGAUUUGCCUAGAUUGAGCCGAACAGAGAUCCAGAUUCCUCGAGCUUUUCCACCACAAAGAGAGCCGAGAGAAGAUGGGGAUGAACAUGGAGGCCAAAUGAUAUCUGGGACAUCGUCACGAGAUCAAGAUCCCCGUAAAAGAGCAUUCGGAGAGUCGAGAAUUUGUGUCGGAGGUGAAUGUCCAUCAGUACCCGAAGAUCGAGAAUCUCUAUUGGAUAGAACUUGUAUCGGUCGGUCGGCCCCAUAUAAAUGCCAAGCCAAAUGUCGAACACCGGAAGAUGAUGGCUCCCAAGCUCGAUGCAUCAAACAAAAAGAAUAUCCAUUUUCUAGACGAUGCGUUUGUGAGCCAAGAAGAUCUCCACAGGCCCAUUUACCGGCUGAAGAAGAAGAAGAAGAAGAAGAUAAUUCGGAAAAAAUGGAGCAUUUGAUUCAUCGACAAGUGAUUGAUGAAAGUGGUGAAAUACCACAAGAAACUGAGGAUCAAUUCGAGUUAAACAAAAUCGUGGACAAUGAAGAAGGUGAAAAGCAAAAUUCGGAGACCUGGCCAGUUCCACAUUUGAUUACACCAGAAGAUGUUUGUGUUGAAGAGGGAGAUAUUGGAUGUCAACAUUAUUGUAAUUUGCAUUCGGUUAAUGGAACAGGGAUCUGUUCGGCAGCUCCUCAACCUUUCUGUCGAUGCGUGACAUGUACGAAUUCUGUGUGUGACUUUGAGAAAGGACGGGUUUGUGGAUGGACGGAUCUGCACUUAGUGAGCACUCAAUUCAACAACAUCAGCAUUGCCAGUAAAAAGGAUAAUGAUAAUCGAUAUGCUUUAACGAGAAUGCAACCAAAAUCCUAUUCGGGAUUGAUACGAAAAGGAUUAACAGAUGGACCGAUCAUGUUGACUGUUGAUGUCUUUCCAUCAGAAGAGUUGCAAGUGAGAAUUUGCGUGGACUCUCUUUCACGGUGUCAGAAUCAAAUGGUGAGUGGACGAGCGUGGAAUCGAGUGACGGCAAGGAUAAAAGUCACAAGAACCGAUAAGAUAUUCUUGCUCUUCAACAACAGUGAUGUCAAUUUAAAAACUGUGGCCAUUGACAAUAUUUCCAUUCAAAUUUCGCCGUGUGUCGUCAACAUCUCAAAUUUGAAUCUUGAGCCAAAACAUUACAAUGGUUCAUGGUUUGUGGUUGCAAGAAAAGCACCAAUCGGUCGUGAUUAUCUCCCCGCAAACAGCACUUCAUCACUUCUUCGACUUCUCGUCAACGAUGAGGGAAAUCUUAACAUGACUGAAUAUCAUUCUAUCAAUGGUACAUGUAUGCCUCCACUUCAUGGUUUCUGGCGUCGACAAGCGAAUGGUUAUCUGAUGGAGAUGAGAACGGAGACUGGACAAUUGUUACAAUUGGAGGUUCGAGCGAUUUUCCAUGAACUCUCGGGCGAAAACAAUGAAGAGAUGAAUAUGGUUCUUUAUGGUUGCCGAGUGAGAGAUUCGAGUGGAGAUUGUCAACCCGGCGAACAACUAAUCAGCAUUCUCAGCAAUUCUAGACAUCCACAAACUCUUCAACUUUUUAAAUCAGCAAAACACAUUGAAGACUUUGCUUGUACGGACAUCUUACAACUUCAUAAAAUGGAUACAUACACCGACUGUGGCAAGAAAAUGCAAAUCUUUAACAAUAUUUCUUGCAGACAUGCAAAAAUCUGGGAAAACGACGAGUAUGUCGAUGUGGAGUGUCGAGUGGAAAAUCUUGAACAAUCUGGAGUGUCGAUCACCAAGUUUUUUGAUGAACCCAGAAUGUUGACUGUCAUUGCAUACAUUGAUCCAAUCUUGGAAAACGAACAAAUCGCGCAUGUCUCCUGCCUCUACGACUCAAAAACGCAUGCAAAAUGUCAUUGGUUAAGACAACGUUCCUGCUUCCCAGCUGAUCUAAUUCAAGAAUUCGAGGGUGACAAAAAGCUGAAGAUUGCCUCUCGUUUCACGAAAGUCAACGGAAGUGAAGUCGAAAUUGAUUUAUCUGGAAUGGUUGUGUGGCAGAAUGGAGAUGAGUAUAUUACAAUGCAAUGUUUACUUGUGUCAUCGGUUGAUGGAAGCUGCGAUCAACAUAGAGUUUAUGUUUGGUCUGAUGAGGACUUGAUGGAUCAACCUACGAUCCGAGAAAUCUAUCGAGCUCUUCAAAAUGUUUGUGUUGAUCCCACUGAGCUCAUCUUUCUCAACACAUUUCAUGAAUGCACAGAUCAGCCAAAGAACAUUAUUGAAACGCCCGAAAUCGAGUGCGGUCCAUUGCCGAAUUGGAGUCCCUUGAACACUUCACUUUUGCAUGGAGUUUGGUACGUGGCAGCUGAUCUAAACGCUGAUCCGAAGAUCUUUCUUCAAUCGGCUGUUUUUGAGUUCAUUCCAAAGGAAGAAAAUUCAAAUGAAAUAAGCCUACGAUAUUAUGUGCAAAAGGAGUCCGAUCGAGAGUGCGUUGGACCGGGAGAGGGUCACAUCCGUCUCCUCCCCAACGGAACUCUCUCCAUCUCCAUCAGUUACAUCUAUCGACAAGUACCUAAAUACAGAAACAAACUGAACUUUACCCAACAAAUCUUGUACCUCGACAAUCAGCGGGCCGUUUUAUAUUGGUGCUUCAAGCGGGCGUCAAAUGGCACUUGCUUACAGUACGAUAUUGAUGUUUUGAUUCGUUCUCGUUUCUUUUCUUACAAUGAUUUCACUCUAAUCCAACCGUAUCUCCAAAAGGCUUGCGUUCCCUACAAUCGACUUCGGUGGUUCGAUUUGCAUUCUUCUUGCGGCUAUGAGAUGUCGGCUUCAACAAAGUUGCGCAGAGAUAUGGUGACUCUAUCACAUUCUGAAGUUCUGGACAUCUUGACAAACGUUCAAGAACCGCAAUGUGAAGUGCGAAAGAUCAAAGGGCAAAGAGCACCUCUACAAACGCUUGAGAAAGGCGGCACUUGGUUUUUGAUGGCUCAAUUUGAUCAAAUGUCUCGUGAUACAUAUGCUGCUGUGUUUCGAUUACAUACUAUUGAAGAGAAAACUGCUGUUGUUCGAAUGCAUCAGAGCGCAGCGAUUCCCGGCGAAGAUCGACAGUGUUUUGAGAGAAUCAUUGCUGUCAAAGAGCACAAUGUUGAUAACGAUUACAGUUAUGAGUUAAGAUUUGAUGCGGCCAAGAAAAACUCUACUUCUUUCAUUUUCCGUUUCCUUUUCUUUAACCGAAAUGUAGCCGUUCUCUACUCGUGUCUCAAUUACAAAGAAGAUGGACAUUGCAAAGAAAAUGCAGUUUAUGUGAUCUCUCGCCACGAAUCAAUCGAUCACGCCGAGUUGACAGUUUUGGAGAAAGUUGCGAAGACUGUUUGCAUUGAUCCGGCAAAGCUUUUCCAUACGGCAACUCAUGAUGUGUGUGUCUAUGAGCAUUACCGCGUCCUUCUUCCACCUCAAUGUGCCAGCGUUGUCGAGACACCAAAAACGGAAUUCGUUCGACUCACCGAUUUCAGCUACAAGAGUGAUUACGCAAAGCUUCACCUCUACGCGGUGGCCUCAAGUCUCCAGAACGAAUAUCCAUUCAGUUUGAUCUACAAGAAGGAAAAUAUUUUCACGAAGAUCACCGAAAUUGAUGGCUCUUGUGUCAUCUCUGAUGUGGAGGUCUUCGUUUUACCCACCAAUCGUCAUUUGUUCAGAAUUGGAAAUGAUACGGUGCUCGUGGAUCCGGUAGCUCGUCAAGAUGAAGUGAUACUGAAGAAAGCUCAACUCAGCAGCACAAAUCUUCCCUGUCUACAUACAAUCGAUUAUCAAAAGACAACCUGCAGUGCUGUCACUCCACCAAAAUGUCAAUCCUCACCUCCUUUGUCAGCCGCUGAAGGACUUUUGGGUGAAUGGCUUCUUUUUGCCUCGGAUCCGUACAUUGUUGCGAACAGUCGAUGCAAGGUGACAAAUGAUCCGAACAAUGAUGAUGUACACAUAUUCACCUGCUCAACGGAAAGUUGGAAAUUCGAAUGUGAACGAGUGGUUGUUUCUCGAUUCACUGUCGAUGCUUGGGGUGGAUACAAAUUCGAGAGUGAUGUACCAGCAAUUCACGAGAACUUCGAGAUCUUUCCAAAAGGCAAUGUCUCCUUGACGCCGAAUCGUCUCCUUUUCUUCCGCGACGAGCCCCUCCUUGGCCGUUCUUGGUCAGUGUGGGUCCGUCCCGAAUUCUCCCUUCCUUCAUCCUCGAUUUCUCCAUCAGAACCAUCAUUCAAUAUCCCGCAUGAAUUAAAUGAAUUCUGUGUCUGGCCCACUUAUCCACAGAUUAGCACAAUGGACUUUUUAUGU